AUGGUGCUGCUAAAAAGUCCAUCGCCGCAACGCCGCGGUAAUCGCAUUAGCAACAAUCAGCAUCAAUUAAACACAUCUCCAACUCGUCAAUUAAAAAACCCAUCGCCUACGACGAAAGAACCAGUGCGUAGAUCACGUGGCAUUAGUCCUGGUACCAGAUCUGAUGGAUCACGAGGCAGCAGUCCGGCAAAAGCUUCUUCUGUUGGGUCGAAAAAAUCAAUCAGAUCAUUGGGCUUAAGGAAAUCAGAAUCAGGGAGCAUUGAAAGACUCGCUGAUGGAGAUAAAAAAGUUAUUGCCUCGAAACACCUUUUACCAGAAGAUAACAUCAAUGUAGUCGUGAGAGUAAGACCUUUGAAUAAUAAAGAAAUAAAAGCGGGUGAAAAAUUUUCAGUCAAUUUUCCCGGUGAUGGACAAAUUGAAUGUGAUACUUUGCCCAACACUACGGAUAAAAAAACAAAAUUGUUUUCUUACAAUGUCGUGUUUGAACCAGCGGCUAGUCAGGAAGAUAUUUUACAGUAUUCGGGUAUUAAGAAAUUAAUUGACAUGACGAUUGAAGGGUUUAGUUGUACGGUUUUUUGUUAUGGACAAACUGGUAGUGGCAAAACUCAUACACUUACUGGUCCACCUGGUCUGUUUGAAAAUAUGAAUCAUUACUCAGCAGAGCAUGGAUUAAUAUUCCGUUCAUUUGUAUAUUUAUUUAAAAUUUUACAAGAACGAAGUGAUUUUAAUUUUAUUAUCAAGGCUUCCUUUCUUGAAAUCUAUAAUGAAAAAAUAAUAGAUCUUCUUAAUCCUGGAAAUUCAAGAAAAUCAUUAGCAGUAAGAUGGAGUAAAAAGACGAGAGGUUUUUUUGUUGAAAAUUUAUUUACUGUUGAGUGCGAAGACCUUGAUGAUUUAAUUGGUGUUCUUGAAGAAGGUAUGAAAAAUAGAGCAGUCGGUACGCACAAUAUGAACGAACACUCUAGUAGAAGUCAUACCAUUCUUACGGUUCACAUUAGAUCCGAACAGCAAAUGGAGAAUGGAGUAUUUAUUUCAAAGCAAGGGAAAAUAAAUUUUGUUGAUUUAGCUGGCAGCGAAAUGACUAAGAAGACACAGAGUGAAGGCAAAACACUCGAAGAAGCUAAUAAUAUUAAUAAAAGCCUUAUGGUUUUAGGCUACUGCAUAUCAUCACUGAGUGAUGGUAAACGUAAGACUGGUCAUAUUCCGUAUCGUGAUAGUAAAUUAACAAAAUUAUUAGCUGAUAGUUUGGCUGGAAACGGAGUGACGUUGAUGAUCGCAUGCAUAUCUCCAGCACGUUCGAAUUUAAGUGAAACUUUAAAUACUCUAAGAUACGCAUCGCGAGCUAAAAAAAUCCGCACAAAGCCCAUAAUUGUAAUGGACCCUAGAGAGGCAUUAAUAUUGAGUUUAAAACGAGAAAAUAAUGCUCUGCAAUUAGAAAACGAUCAUUUAAAAUCGGCACUUAAUCUCGCCGCGCACAGUCCCGAUGAACUUUACAGUCAAAAAUAUUAUCAACAGUCACGGGAAGACCGACGAACUGCUACACCUCCUCAAGUUGAUCUCGAUAAAUUAACAGAACUUGAGCAAGCAGAACUUACUCAGUUAUUGCGAGCUUACAUUGAUGAGAGUGAAGCAUUGAGACGCGAAAAUGCAGAGCUCUAUGCAACGCGGGAACAAGUGAUAAGGGAUCAAGAGCUCGUUUGUCGCGAAAAUGAGAGAUUAUUAAAAAAAUUAGAGGAUGUUAACACUAGAGUUUGUUGCCGAUCUCCAAUAAUUCCCGCUCGGCCAACCUACUCAGCAGAGAUGCUUAAUAAUUUACACAAUGAUGAUCUUCCUGGAGUACCUAAUGUCUGGACGAAUCCAAAUUUACCAGAGGCAGAUGUUAAUAAAAAUGGAAACUUAUCUAAGCCCCAGAGUAAUGGGAUGCCUUCGAAAGUAUUAAAAGAACUAGAUAAACGUAUAAAUGGUAGUUUUAGUAACAUUGCGGAAGCAUAUAGAGAUAAAAGUAAUCACCGGCGUUAUAAUUCUUGGGAUAACGGGAACCCGACGGAUCCUUCGGAGCAAAAUGUAUCACCUAUUGAGAUCAGCCAUGGACGUAGAUCAGCGUUCCGUAGAACGUCAACGGUACCAGAAGAAAAAAAAUCAUCUAAAACAGAUGCACUAGGUCCAAUAGUAUUUUCCCAUUCGCUAGACGGCUCACCGGAUUCAAUUUUGAGCGGCCCGAUGACUGAAGGAUUAUAUUCAACUCCCAAUACUGGGGAUUCUGUCGCACCCACGACACCUUUCCCACCUAUAUCACAUACACUUGUAUCAUCAUCUCCGGUUGUUAGUUUGAAGAACAAUACAAGUAACAGAAGAAAUAACUCCGCUACUCAUAAAGAUCGUACGGCUCAACGUGCUUUCGGAAGUCCUGUGUCGGUAAAUGAUGAAGAUGAUGUUCGUUUUUAAUAUUUUAAGUAACAUCUAAUGAUACGCGUAUGGCCUACGUUAGGCUAGAAUAAUUAAUUUAUAUAUAAAUAUAUUUUUAAGUAUAUUAUUAUUUAUUAAUAUUUAAUAGACUGCAGAAUAUAAAUGCUCAGAAUUUUUUUUUCUUAUUUUUAAUAAUUUUAUUAUAAAUAUUUAU